CCUCAUCAUUCCCAUUCCCGCUCAUGAGUCGGCCUCUGGCGUUCGAAAGGUUUGGACUUUGAACACCGCCUCGGUUGCCGCCAAGAGUUGCGAAGAACUGAGCGAGCUCCCCCGUCAGCAACUUAUUAUACGUACUAUAUAUAUAUAUCCACGGGGCGAAAACAACCUCUACCUUCGCAAGCAGAGUCACUUCCCACGUCACAGCUCGGUUCCCCACCCUACGACACGAAACAGUCUGCCGACUUCAUCUUGUUGCCACGCGUUAGACAGCAAUGGCGGCUUUUCAAGGCCUUCGGCGAUCGGUCGUGAGUCUUAACUCGCACGAUCACGCUGAAUUAUCCAUCCUCAUCAAAGAAGAGAAGGAUGUCGCCACCGAGCUUCACAAAUUUGCGAAAGAAAAGCUUGAAGCCGGAAAAUAUCUACAUACGUACGGAAAGACGCAACACAAAGACAUCGAGGAUAUAUCCGAAAAAUACUUGACUCUCAUCGAGAAGUUCGUCGACUUUCACUCCACCACGAUAGAAAAAUACGAAUCGUACCGGAGUCGCCUGAAAGACAUGCGCCAGCGCGAGGAGACCUUGUAUGCCCUGAGAAAACGCCACAAGGAACUACAGGACAAGUACAAAGAUGCAGUCAAAAAGCAGAAACCUCACGAAACCCUGAAGAUCGAGCUAGGCGUUGUCGAGAAAGAUCUGGCGGAGCAGGAGGCAGAGUGUGAGGGAUACAAGCGAGCCACCCUCAAAGAGGCGUUGCAUACGCAGAUGGACGCGUGGAUGGAUCUGGGCAACAAGAUGGCAAUCUUUGCGACGUACGGCAAACACCUUGCUGAUCAGAUCCCGCAAGGAUCGCUGGCGCCUGGGCAGGAGCUGCCGCCGUACGAAGGGUCAGGAGUCACUGCGCGGAUCACCGUCGACUUCACAAAGGCAUUGCGUGCUUAUGAGGCCGAGGCGAAAGCUGCCCAUACCGGGGCCCCUGAAGAGGCACAACACCAACGAGGCCGACGGAACGAAACCACGUCGUCACUGCAUCUGGAAGACCUCAGACUCAGCACUAGCCAUUCGCGAGACUCCCUGAACGUGCCACACGUUCAACCGCAUCCUCCGAUAGCCACCUCACGCGACUCUCUGAACCACCCAGUUUUCACACAACCCUCCGCAGCGCAUGACCCUGGCUACCCAACAUCGCCCACCCUGCAAGAUCUAGGCGGGAGUAAUUCAAACUUUGGGACAACGUCAAGAUUCUACCAACGGCCUCUCACCGCAGAACCGCAAGCGGAGGCAGGCCAUCUACCAUCAUAUCAGACGUCGCACUAUCAAUACGCUCAGAGCCUCCCAAGGGACACCUUACCGCAGCCGCCAGGUGCAUACCCGACAAUGUCAACAUCAAUGCCACGGAACGGAUUCUCCUCCUUACCAUCACUUCCGCCGGCCCCGUACAUGGGGAGUAGCCCCGAACCAUCCAAAGGCACUGUCGUCUGUCCGUCCUGCGCCCGGCCGGUAGUUGGGAAUAAAAUCAACGAGCAUCUCGAUACCAAGUGCUCAAUGUACCUGGUAGAGCUCACGUCUGGUCCCGCGGGUCCGACGAUGAGGCAGUAUGAUGAGUAUGAUCCCGAGAGGCAAUAUCAGAGUAGGUUGGAUGCGUCACACCAGCAGCCGGGGCAUCAAGCAGAAGAUGAUGAAUACGUCCGUGCGAGGUUGGCGGGCAUGGGGUCAUAGCGGAACACGAGCAUAUCUAUAGCCUCGUCAAUUUGGCAUCUCGAUGUAGCUUCAGCUUCGCCACCUA